UUAUUUUUUAUUUUAUCUUUUUAUUUUUUUUCUUCCUAUAAAUCUGUUCCGAAUCUCUCUUUUACUCUCCUUCCUCUCUUUAUCGGCACUCUCAUCUCUGUUCUCCCGCCGGAGUUCUCUCGCACGAAGGAGGUGGGACAAGAGGUGUUGCUGUCGCGGGUCUCGAAGAGCUUGAAGAAAAAAUGAAUCACUGUGCGAUGCAACAGCAGAACGCCUUUGUUGCCUGCGAAGAGAUGAGGACCCCCUUCGCCGUAGCAGAGAGGAAGCCGCCUGUCCUCUGUCCCAAGCCUCGGCGAGUAAGCUCGUUCGCUUCCGUCGGAGAUUCCGUCCGGCCUCUUAGAUGGCACAGUCAUCAAUUGGAUAUCUCUGAUUCGAAGGCCGGGGCAGACCUCCUUGACAUAUUUCUUUCAAAGGGAGGAGAGCAGAGUCAAGUUUCUUGUUCACCACCCUUCUUCUGUGGCUCGCCGCCGAGCCGUGCGGCGAACCCAGUCGUCCACGACGCCCGCUUCGGCGAGGACCGCCCACCAGCGCCCUUCGCCCCUUCCCAACUAACCCAAACCGGCCCGCCUGUGUCCCCCAAGCAAGGCUGUGCCCACGCCAAGUUUGGUCUGGUUCCGGCAGCCGUGCGUGUCGAGGGUUUUGACUGCCUCAACCGCGGCCGCCGGAGCUGCAGCAGCAUAACCGCUGUGGCCUAAACCGGUCCCUUCUUCCGGCGCGUUCUCGGCCCCAUUUUGGAGCGCUGCCGAGGAAGAGAAUAACAAAACAAAGAGGACAAAAACAAUAACAAAGAGGACAAACUAUAAUCCAAAAUUUAGGGUGCCAAAAUUAGCAACGGAGAUGGCGAAGAAGAGAGUUAAAUUAAAAUGGAGCUCUGAGGUAUUUUGCAAGUCCUUCAAGCUUUUUCUCUCACUGUACAUUUUUCUAGUAACAAUCUGUCCGUAAUUCAAGUUCAUGUAGAUACAAAGUAAGAGAUGAGAGAUGAGAGAUGAGAGGAAGAAGGCUAUUUUUUUUUUUUUUAGUUUUUCUGUGUUUUUAUUUUGAUCCAUGAAUUGGAUUUGAGCUAUUGUUCUCAAGAGCUAUAGCCUGGAGGGGGAGUUUGCUUUUUGAGCUCAAAAGUUCUGGAUCUCUUCCAACUCCAAAAUUGUUAUUGUAAAAAUCUUAGGCUGUUCGACUCAUCUGUUGUGUCCCUCGAUUCUGUAAAUAUUCAAUUUGUAUAAAAAUAUGCUUGAAUCAUGAAAUCCAGGGUCAAUUAUUUGCCCAUGCUCUUUCUCUUCGUCUUA